AUGGCCCCACGGCGAGCUGUACGACUGUCCCCGAGGGAGCCUGCUCACGCCGUGUGUGUGGUAGGCGUGGAGACGCCAGUGGAUGUCCGCAAUGAUGUACCCAAGGGCGCCAAGACCUUUGGGGUGUCUGGGAGCUCGGAGGUGAAGGUCUACAUGCUCUACGACCCCGCACGGGUGCCAGAGCCUGCAGGCCGGGCCCGCUGGCCGCUGGAUGCCGACGUGGAUGUGGUGGUGGUGGCGGACACAGUCAGCAAGGACUUAAAUGACCUCAGGGUGAAAGUAUCAUAUUUCGAGUCACAGGAGGCUGGAGCCCUGGGCCACAGCAUGCUGUACCUCACUGGUGUUGAUGUGUCCCUCGAUGCCGACACAAGCCGCACAGGCAAGGUGAAGAAAGGCUCAGUUGACAAGAAAACCUGGCGCUGGGGCUCCCGGGGCUCCGGGGCCAUCCUGUUGGUGAACUGUGACAGAGACGCUGUCCAUGGGUCCAGGGAAGACCUGCAUGCCAGCCAUCUGAGGUCACUGGAGGACCUGCAGGAUAUGUCCCCAGUGGUGCUGAGCUGCCGUGGCCCCGACGAGCUCUUUGAGAGCCACAAGCUGUUCUUGAAGGCGUCUUUGCCCGAUUCCAGAAGGCUGAGGGUCUUCUGUGCCCGGGGUGGGACCUCCCUCUCCAACUACAAACAGGUGCUAGGGCCCCACCAUCAGUCUUAUGAGGUGGAGCGGCGUCCGGGGGAGAGAGACAUCAAGUUUUACGUGGAAGGACUCACCUUCCCCGACACCAGCUUCUCAGGGCUGGUCUCUCUGAGUGCCAGCCUGGUAGACACGGAGGCCCUCUCCGAGGCCUCACUCUUCACAGACAGCGUGACCUUCCGAGUGGCCCCCUGGAUCAUGACCCCCAACACCCAGCCGCCGCUGGAGCUGUAUGUAUGCAGCGUGACAGACGCUCACGGCCACAAUGACAAGUUUCUAAAGGAUAUGGCCCACCUGGCCCUGAAGGCCAACUGCAACCUUGUGGUCGUUCCCCGGGUAGAAAAUCGCAAUGAUCGCUGGAUCCAGGAUGAGAUGGAGUUUGGCUACAUCGAUGCCCCUCAUAAAUCCUUCCCUGUGGUCUUUGACUCCCCGAGAAACAGAGGCCUGAGGGACUUCGCCCUUAAAAAGAUCCUGGGUCCUGACUUUGGAUAUGUGACCCGGGAGAUCGAGUACGCAGGCGCCUCUGGCCUGGAUUCCUUCGGCAACCUGGACGUGAGCCCGCCGGUGACGGUGGGUAACAGGGAGUACCCCCUUGGCAGAAUCCUCAUCGGUGGCAGCUUCCCCAAGUCCAGCGGGCGUCGGAUGGCCAGGGUGGUCCGUGACUUCCUGCAGGCCCAGCAGGUGCAGGCGCCCGUGGAACUCUACUCCGACUGGCUUUCCGUGGGCCACGUGGAUGAGUUUAUGACCUUUGUCCCCACCUCUGACCAAAAGGGUUUCCGGCUGCUCCUGGCUAGCCCCAGUGCCUGCCUUCAGCUGUUCCAGGAGAAGAAGGAGGAGGGCUAUGGCGAGGCACUGCAGUUUGAAGGCCUCAAGCAUAAGAUGAAGAGAAGCAUCAACGAUAUUUUAGCCGACAAGCACCUCAAGAGGGACAGCAUACACGUACAGGAAUGCAUUGACUGGAACCGGGCAGUGCUGAAGCGGGAGCUGGGCCUGGCGGAGAGCGACAUCGUGGACAUCCCACAGCUCUUCUUCCUGAAGGGAGCCUAUGCCGAAGCCUUCUUCCCCGACAUGGUCAACAUGGUGGUCCUAGGCAAGUACCUGGGCAUCCCGAAGCCCUUUGGCCCUCUCAUCAAUGGCCGCUGCUGUUUGGAGGAGAAGGUUCGCUCCCUUUUGGAACCACUGGGCCUGCACUGUAUCUUUAUUGACGACUUCCUGUUUUACCACCAGCUGCUGGGGGAAAUUCACUGCGGCACUAACGUUCGAAGAAAACCUUUUACCUUUAGGUGGUGGAACUCGGUUCCCUGAGCCUGCUGGGCCACCACCCUUGCUGCCCUGUUGAUGGGAGUCCCAAGGGCAAGGGACACGGACCAGCCUCCAGCCUCCUGGGGCCUGAAAGCUGGCUGGCUAUUGUGGUCAGCUGAGCUCCAGGAGGACACCAUCCUUCUGCAUCACUCUUCCCUCUCCCUUUCCCAGCCACGGCCCCCAGAGGGUCAAGUUUGGCAGCUGAGACUGUUCACAGCAUGGCCCCCACAGGCUCGACUCACUUUGAGUUGCUUCCCUCUCUUUGGACACCUCGCUGGAGCCUGUGAAAAAAUGGCUUUAGAGCUGUUUGAGAAAUGCCCACCAUGCCUGGACCCUGGGGUGAGGGCACCAUGGUUCCAUAUGACUCCUGGAUUUUGUGACAUGAAAAGGAAGAUUUGGGAUGUCCUUUUCCCUAAUGGACCUCAGGCCAUGACCCUCUGGCCCCAUCAGCUCUAGGUAGGCAAGUAAGGACAGGAAAGCUCAGUCCUUGAACGGGAGCAGGCACAAAAGCCCCUCUAAUGGCCAACUCCAUCCGAGAGGUCCUCUGCAGGACGCUUGUUAUUUGUCCGGGGAGCCUUUAAUUAUAAGACCUGGUGCUUCCUGUUGGA